CCGGGCCGGGGCGCUGCGGCGGGAUGUGGGGCGGCCGCGCUGUGGCGGGCGCGGCGCGGCGGGCGCGGGAGGCGGCGGUGCCGCGGGGGAGCCGGGCGCUGCGCACCUCUGCGGCGCGGGGCGGCUCCAGGGACCUGUUGAGGAAGAUGCUCCGCAAAAAGAAAAAGAAGCUUUGGUAUGACAGCCCUAUCCUGGGAUCUAAAAUGAUGUAUAAACCAACUGAAUUGGCCUCUGUAAAGAAAGAUGACCAUACAAAAAUUAGGAAAGAAGAUAACAUGCGCUGCAGAGUCUUGAAUGGUCUUAUUCAUAAAGCUGUGGCAGAGAUGAUGACAACCUGUGAAGUUAAUCAAGAACUUUUUGAACUCAAGCUGGAAAUCUGCAAGGUGUCCCUGGCAUCAAACUUCUCAGCAUGUCGUGUGUACUGGAAUCCUGCUGCUACUACGGAGAAAGAAAGUUAUGUUGAAAGCGUAUUGCGGAGGAGUGCUCCACGUAUACGGUAUCUUCUGACGAGUCAGCAGAUUCUAGGAAAUGUACCCCCAAUAGUAUUUGUAAAAGACAAAGAAGCUGCAGCAGUAAAAGAGAUUGAGGAAUUAUUGUCAGUUGCUGAUUUUGGGCCUUCAGAAGAAGAAGAAACAUCUCAAAAUUACUCUAGUAAACUGUUAUCUUCAGCAACCCAAUCUUCAGAUUCACCCAUGCGGUCUAAUCUUUUUGGUAUUGAUCAUGAGCUGCUCAAUAAGCAGAUAAUGGACUACAAAAGACUGAAGGUGUCAAGACAUCUAGAAAGCAUUGCCUGGACAGAAGAGCAGGAGCAGCAGCUUUCUAAGAUUCAAAAGAAAAUUAAAAAGAAAAAAAUAAGGAAUCCUCCUGAUGAUGCUGCUGGACCACAGGAAUACUUACUGGACAGAUACGAAGCUGAUUACUGGGAUGAUAACACUGGACCAGUUUCAGACUGUGAGCUGGAGGAUGAAUUACAGGAAGAAGUAAACAAAUUGGAGGGGGAUGAUGACAAAACUAAGCAUACUAAUAAACUGAAAUGAAGUGGAAAUAAUCACUCCUUUUAAGAUGGAAGCUGCCAAUAGCAAAAACGAGGAGGACUGCCAUAGAUAAGUUUUGUGCAGCCUGUUUAUCACUUCCUCUUUCAUACACGUGGGGAGACUGGCUAGCGCAAGUUAAGUAAGAAAACCAAAAAUGCUAUUUGUGACAUUCUGUUAAGCAGCUUUCAAGCUGCUGCAGUUGUAGGACUUUGAAGCAGGGAGCAGUUUUGUAGUAACAAGAUAUACAUAGUGCAGUACUGAGUUAAAACUUCUUGCAGUUCUGUUGAUGAUUUCCAAUAAAACUAAAGCUUCUGUGUUGUAAUAAAA